AUGAAGCAUAUUCUACAACUUGGCCGCCCGGCCACCUCAUACCUGCGAUGUAUUGAGCAAACGAAGCAAUGCCAUUCCCCAAUCCUACGAUGCGCACCCGGCGCAAGGACAUUCCACACUUCCCCGCAAAGGCGCGAGGAGCAAGGCAAAGAGAGCCGGUCCUUUCGAGGCCAGCUAUAUGAAAGCACAGCGGAUCGACUGAAACGAGAAAGAGAAGAGCAGACGCAAUAUAUUAAAGCUUCUGGUCAACGCAGAAGAGAGCCUAGGACGUUGGCUCUGAGUCUCGUCAUUCUGUCUGUGGCAGGUGCUGCAUACUGGCUAGGCACCAAGGGCGAGAAAGCACUAGACGUCACGUCCACCACUCCUUUGUCUCGAGCGCAUCCUCCUCAGCUUGACACUCGAACCUCCGUCUUACAAGCAGCUUGGGUCGACUUUGCUCAAAUUGUCGGGAAAGAGAAUGUUUCAACUAUACCAGAUGAUCUGCAAGCACACUCCGGUUCGGAAUGGUCCUCCUACACCACCAAGCCUGAAGAGAGACCGUUCGCAAUCGUCUACCCUGCUACCACCGAAGAAGUGUCCAAGGUCAUGCAAGUAUGCCACAAGCGACACAUCCCGGUCACCGCGCUCUCCGGUGGGACCAGCCUCGAAGGACAUUUCGCACCCACAAGAGGCGGCAUAUGUAUCGACAUGAGCAGAAUGGACAAGAUUCUACAAUUCCAUCCCGAUGACCUCGAUAUUAUUGUGCAGCCAGCCCUUGGAUGGGAAGACUUGAAUGAAUACCUCCACGAGUCCGGCAUGUUCUUCCCUCCAGAUCCAGGUCCAGGUGCCAAGAUUGGAGGCAUGGUUGGAACGGGCUGUUCGGGAACAAACGCCUACAGAUAUGGUACAAUGCGCGAGUGGGUGGUUUCACUGACAGUGGUACUCGCUGACGGGACAAUCAUCAAGACGAGACGUCGACCACGAAAAUCCAGUGCUGGUUAUAACCUGACUCAAAUGUUCAUUGGCAGCGAAGGCACUCUGGGCAUUGUCACAGAAGCCACCUUAAAAGUCACUGUCCUUCCCAAAAGCCAGUCUGUCGCUGUGGCAACAUUUCCAACAAUUCAUGCAGCCGCUGAAUGUGUGGCAAAAGUGGUUGGCGAGGGUAUCUUGCUUGCUGGUAUGGAGAUCCUCGACGAUGUCCAGAUGAAGUGCAUCAACAAAAGCGGUAUGACAUCAAAGCAAUGGCAGGAGGCACCGACCCUGUUUUUCAAGUUUGCUGGAACACCUCAAGGUAUCAAAGAGCAGAUCAACCUGGUACGAAGUCUGGCCAAAAGCACACAAAACAAGACCUUCGAAUUUGCAAAGAACGAUGAUGAAGCCGCCGAACUCUGGAGUGCCCGGAAGGAGGCCCUUUGGAGUGUCAUGGCCAUGAAAAGAGACGACAGCGACCAUGUGUGGACUACUGAUGUGGCUGUGCCUAUAAGCAGGCUAGCUGACAUCAUCUCAGAAACUCGAGACGACGUUGCCAGAAGCGGACUCAUAGGAGGGAUUUGUGGUCAUGUUGGUGAUGGAAAUUUCCACACCAUAUUACUGUACAACGAUCGCGAAAAGCAAACGGCAGAGGAUGUCGUGCAUCGCAUGAUCAAACGAGCCAUCGCCAUGGACGGCACUGUCACUGGAGAGCAUGGGGUUGGCUUGAAGAAGCGAGAAUACAUUCGUGAAGAACUUGGCGAAGAUACCGUCGACGCCAUGCGCAAGCUCAAGCAAGCAUUUGAUCCCCUUGGAAUACUCAACUGUGACAAGAUUGUGCAGCUGGAAGUCGGCCAUUGA